UUUACAAGCAGAAAGAGAAGGCGGCAAAAAGGUUUGUUAUUUCCACUUCUACAUAAUUCGAAGUCAUCACAUAUUUAAAGUAACCUUAGGUUCAUCUAUUAGCCGCUAGAAAACGUGGCACAGGUCCACAUUCAAAUUAUGUGAUAUCAACAAAUGUUGAUGAUUUAUCUCGAGACGGUGAAUUUUAUGUAGGACACUUGAAAGGUCACAAUUUACGUUCAAGUGAAUAUUCUAUUUAUGAUAAUCGCACUAAUCCAGAAAAUACUGAGAAAGACGCUGGACAUACAGUUGGCUGUGAAAUAGCAGCUAUUAUUUAUGUAAGUUUGAAUGAUGUACGAAGUUCACUCCUAUAUUGA